AUGGAGACGAACGCGCGGAACGAGACGGAGGAGGAGGGCGUCGAUCGCAAGCUUGCGGGCAUUACUGUCACGGUGCGGGGAAGAGGCGAAGGUCGUCUCGGUGCAUUUGGGGACGCCGCUAGGGCAGCACUCGACCCGACGAAUUUCGGCAUAAGGACUGGGUUCUCGAUCGGCAGGGCGGCUCCAGCGACGCCGAAUCAUUUCGAUCUCAGUCCAGUCCUUAGCUACUCGCUAUCCGACAACGACUUCUGUCUACUCUCCUCGAUCACACUUUCCGCGUAUUCGGUGGAGGAGGCGGGGGUGCAUCAGCUGUAUCCGCUUCUGAAGAGCGGGUCGGGAGCGUGGCGGACGAACGAUAAAGGCAAUGCAGUCACUGGCCGAGCCGAGACUUUGGGUACCAAGAGGUGCAGGAUGCGUUGCGGGCGCAUACAGAGACGGCAAGAACUCACUCGACACAAUAUCGCCGUCGCAAACAAUACGGUCGUUCGGCGCAAUGGACGCACGCAGUUACACUCGAUCGCAACGGUUUGCGCUGGCGAUGUUCAUCUUGCCUCGGUUGACGAUUUGAGACGGAUGGCCUGCUCGGGAUUCUACUGAUUCGACGAAUCACAUUCUAUGAAGCGUUACGAACUCGGCUCGGAGUCCAAGACAUUCGCUAGGCGCCUCGCUUUCUGGCUUGUGCGCAUGACUUCUUCAAGAUGGCCGCCUUAUCGGACAUGUCCGUCUAGCCUGGGACUCCAGAGCGUGGGGCCGGCAGAUGGGCCGAGCUGCUGAUUCUCAGCGGGUCGUGGUGCGGAAGUCCCCCAGGCUAGAGGUACUAGCCAUUCAAUCGGGCUCCAACUGCGAACCGUGACGGUUCAUGGUUCUAGGAUCCUUCGCGAAUUCGAUUUGCGACCUCAUUGUGCCGAGUCGUCUCGAGUGGAAGCUAUGCAGCGGAAGGCUGAGGGACUUGAGGACGCUGUCCUUUGGGCAGAGGACCAGACAUCUACUUGACGCGGCACUGCUCUCAGACGUGCAGAGAUCGCCUGGACCUUCCCUCUCCUUGUCGUGCAACAUGGUUCUGGUCUGUUCCACAGGAUAUCUGCAGCUCGUGCUGAGCGAUGAUGUUUCGAGGAUGCACACCACAUUGUGUAGGCACAAGUUCUGCGACGCUAUCUGUGGCAUGUCCGCCUCUUGGUUUGUGUAGCAUGUCGCAGCAAGUUUGGUUGGUCAGGUCAUGGGCACCGUCAGCGUCGAGAAGCCUGCAGAUUCGAGGAAAGAAUGAGGAUGGUUGCCCAUGCGGACGAUCGUGGUCGAUAGGACAGCCCCGUAGUGAGCUAUUUGAUAUGAGCUUCGCCAGAGUCUUUCCUCCACCUUUAGUCGUUGAGGGCAUAAACGAAGAAGAGAGUGCACACGGUCCUGAAUUAGACCACUGGGCCUUGAACACCCCCCGCAAGACUUGUCAAAUAGCUUGCCGACAACUUCCUCAUCCCAACGCGUCGGGCGACCUCGGAAGAUCGAGUCGUUGAGUCGCGAAUCAAAAUUCCAGAGAUUGUCGUGACCGCAAGGUCUGCAGCCCGAGAAAGUACAUAACGCCGCCUCCGAGUUGACAGCAUUUGAAGAACGGUAGAUGCCACUGCACACUUCGUGUCGCUCCUGGACUUUUGUUGGGUAUCGCAUACUGUGAGAUUUCAGAGUGAGGUUCCUCAAGCUCAGCUCGUAGCAGUGGUGGUGGUUUUGAAGCAAAAAUUAGUAUCGGACGAAUUCGGCCGAUGACCUAGCCGUGAGCCUUGAAAGCUUGAUACGUCAGACUGCCGAGUGAUGCCUCCUACUUUCACAGCAGUAUCGUGUGGGUCCCGAUGUUCAGCUGGAGAACUUGUGUCUCUAGUUCGAUUCUCAGCUCGGGUGCUCUCUUCAGCUCUGUUACUCGCUCUGUUACUCGAUCGAUAAUCAGGCAGCCGACCCACCGUCUUCCUAGUCUCGUGGCCGCUCGUUCUCCAAGCUCAAAGAAAAAGGGAAACGAGAGAGCCUUUGAGCGCCG